AUGGUAGUCUCAUGGCUGAAAGGACGUCCGGGUACCUUGGACGAACUUCUGGAGUUUGUCAAGAUGCAUACUCUACUCAAAGAACAUGAAGUAACUCCAAGACAAUCGGAAAUAAUGACGCACUUUUGCCAGUACCUUGGUCGUCCUGUUCCGGAUAAGUUUCAGAUACUGCCGCCAAAUUCUGUUGCUGUAUUUCUCCACUUGAGAGUAUUACACCUCAUUAGCGCCAGUCUCCAGGUAGAGCGUUGUACGUUCUGGAAGAACUUCUUCACGGGACCCAUUUUCCAAAAGCCCCAGAGUGAUCAAGAAGAGGAUACGGCCAGUAUGGAAGGAAUACAUCAAAAUGAAUGCAAGGAAGUAGAGCUCCCCAUGGCGGUGGAUUGUCAUUUUCAUCCAGAUAGGUUGUCCGAGAUAACAUCCAUCCCAUGGGAAGAGAAUAUAACCAAACAUCUAUAUGCUGGACCAGUGGAACCUAACCAUCGACAUUGUAGCCUCCACCCACAUCAUGCCCGGAAGUCUCGCCGGUUACUGGAUGAAGCAGUGGAGCGUCUACAAAGGUUGUUGCGGUCAGAGCAUGUAACGGCGUUUGGAGAAAUUGGGAUAGACCACUCCGACCCAGAAUCCGAAUGGGCAUAUCAAUCGGAACUGCUUCAGCGGCUAACACCCCUGGUAAAACGGGAACACGUUCUGGUAAUUCAUAUUAGGGGGAUGAAGAAUGACUGCGGGACGGAAGCCUACCUGCUUCUUCUUCAUCAUCUUAAGAAAAGAAUCUCCCGCAUGCAGAGGAUCCACCUGCAUUGUUGUACUGGUUAUCCAUAUGUGUUGGAGCGAUGGUUGGAGCAGUUCCCCGAGACGUGGUUUGGGUUCACCAGCAUGGUAAAGAAUUUUGACCGGUACAAACGUGACUCUUUGAAUUUGGUGAAGGAAUACCGACAUCUGUUGGAAACCGAUGCGCCCUACUUUAGGCUAGAGGGAUAG